AUGGCGUCGUCGAAGCUGUGCGCCGGGCAGGUUGUUGCAGAAACGCGCGCCAUCCUCACCCUCGCCGGCGGUGACCUGCCCCCGGACGCCGUCUUCGAGAUCCUGCUCCGCCUCCCGGGCAGGGACCUCUGCCGCCUGCGCGCCGUGUGCCGGCCGUGGCGCUCCCUCCUCUCCGACCCGGCCUUCGCCGCCGCGCACGCCGACCGCCACGCAGAACCCCUCGUCGUCGCCGGCUACGCGAAGCACACGAGCAACAACGGCGUCCUCUACGACAUCCUCGACCUCUCCGGCCGCGUCGUCAGGCGCGUCCACGCGGCGGCGACGACGCCGACGGAGAACGAGUGGGUGGCGUCCACGGGACCCGGCCUCGUCUGCGUCGCCGCCGCCGGAGUCGCGUUUGCCCUGCCUCGGGGACUGGCGGAGGAUCACGCGGCGCACGAGCGGGAUAUAAGCCACCACACCGCCAUGGUCGCGCUUGGGCAGGUCGGCUCCACGGGCGAGCGCAAGGUGCUUCGUGUGCUCCACUUGUUCCCCGACAUGGCUCGACAGCUCUACGAGAUCAUCACUCUCGACGGCGGCGACCGUUGCCGGUGGCGCAAGGCGAUGGAUCCUGCACACACCGUUGGAUUGGGCACAUGGACGGCCAUUGACGGAGUUGUGUACUUCUUCUCAAGUGAGUUCAUUCAGGGCCAAGAUGUUAUGCCUGACCGCAUAGCGUCGUUCGACCUCGAGACAGAAGAAUGGAGGCCGACGAUCCGAGGACCGAGAAGGGGUUAUGGGUCAAGAAGCAUGUCUUACAGCUCAGUAUCAGUUACCAGCAUGGUGAACAUGCAGUUCGCCCUUUGCUGGUGUUGGAUGAUGGGAGGAUAG